GUUAGACUAGAAGAUCUCCAGGGUUCCUUCAAGUCCUACGGGUUCUAUACAAUCUUAGGAAAAUAAUUUUAUUUCUCUUUUUUGCAUUUGUUCCUGGAGUGUCACGAAUAAUUCCUAAAUAAAGUACCACUUAGUUUCAUAACCACUGUUCUAUUAUUUAAACAAACAAAAUUGAAUUGUUCUGUUCUACUUUUUAAUUGAAAAGCCUUCCUUCCUUCCUUCCUUCCUUCCUUCCCUCCUUCCCUUUCUCUGCAGUCAGCUCUGAAGCCAUAGGAGCAUUUGUUAACCUGCUUAGUUCCUGCCUGUCUGCCUGCCUCUCUAGCAGUUCUCCAAUGUGGCAUGCGGUCAUGUGACUAGCUAUUUCCUCUAGAUGACAUCAUUGCCUUUGCAGAUAUACCAGCGAAGAAAAGAUGCUGUCAGGAUCUUUGGAGCAGAACUAAAUGAUGUUGCACUGCGGGUUAUAGUAUGGUUAAUGCAGGAAAUAUGAAUGGCUCUGGAAAUCUGAUGGAUUUUUUGGAUGAACCUUUCCCUGAUGUUGGCACUUAUGAAGACUUUCAUACCAUUGAUUGGUUAAGGGAGAAAUCUCGGGAUACAGAUAGACAUAGAAAGAUUACAAAUAAAAGCAAGGAGUCUAUAUGGGAAUUCAUCAAAAGUUUAUUGGAUGCCUGGUCAGGAUGGGUUGUCAUGCUACUUAUAGGACUGCUGGCAGGUACAUUGGCUGGAGUUAUAGAUUUAGCAGUGGACUGGAUGACUGAUUUGAAAGAAGGAGUCUGUUUAAAAGCCUUUUGGUAUAGUCAUGAGCAGUGUUGCUGGACAUCCAAUGAAGCUACUUUUGAAGACAGGGACAAAUGUCCUCAGUGGCAAAAGUGGUCUGAACUUUUAGUUAACAAAUCUGAGGGUGCCAGUGUUUACAUUCUAAAUUAUUUCCUAUACAUCUUAUGGGCAUUGUUAUUUGCUUUCCUGGCUGUCUCCCUUGUCAGAGUAUUUGCUCCUUAUGCCUGUGGAUCUGGAAUUCCAGAGAUAAAGACCAUCUUAAGUGGCUUUAUUAUUCGAGGUUAUCUAGGCAAGUGGACGCUCUUAAUCAAAACUGUAACUUUAGUUCUGGUGGUAUCCUCAGGACUCAGUCUUGGCAAAGAAGGGCCUCUUGUGCAUGUAGCCUGCUGCUGUGGUAACUGCUUUAGCAGCCUCUUCUCCAAGUAUAGCAAGAAUGAAGGAAAAAGGAGAGAGGUGCUGUCAGCUGCAGCUGCUGCUGGUGUCUCUGUUGCCUUUGGCGCACCCAUUGGGGGGGUCCUUUUUAGUUUAGAAGAGGUGAGUUAUUAUUUUCCCUUGAAGACUCUCUGGAGAUCUUUCUUUGCUGCACUUGUUGCAGCCUUUACCCUGAGAUCCAUCAAUCCAUUUGGAAACAGCCGCCUGGUCCUUUUUUAUGUGGAAUAUCACACCCCUUGGUACAUGGCUGAACUUUUCCCCUUUAUCUUGCUUGGAGUUUUUGGAGGAUUGUGGGGGACGCUUUUUAUUCGAUGCAACAUUGCAUGGUGCAGGAGGCGUAAAACUACUAGACUUGGAAAGUAUCCAGUCAUAGAGGUCAUUGCAGUCACUGCCAUAACUGCUAUUAUUGCCUAUCCCAAUCCUUACACACGAAAGAGCACCAGUGAGCUUAUCUCUGAACUCUUCAAUGACUGUGGAGCCUUGGAGUCAUCGCAGCUCUGUGACUACAUAAAUGAUCCCAAUAUGACUAGACCUGUGGAUGAUAUUCCCGACAGACCAGCUGGUGCAGGAGUAUACAUGGCUAUGUGGCAGCUAGCUCUGGCUCUGGUUUUUAAAAUCAUCAUUACCAUAUUCACUUUUGGCAUGAAGAUCCCUUCAGGACUCUUUAUACCCAGCAUGGCUGUAGGAGCAAUAGCUGGUAGAAUUGUUGGAAUUGGUGUGGAACAGUUGGCCUAUCAUCAUCACGACUGGAUCAUCUUCAGAAACUGGUGUAGACCAGGAGCUGAUUGUGUUACUCCAGGACUAUAUGCAAUGGUGGGAGCUGCUGCGUGCUUAGGUGGAGUUACCAGAAUGACAGUUUCACUUGUCGUGAUCAUGUUUGAAUUAACAGGAGGACUAGAGUAUAUUGUGCCUCUUAUGGCUGCAGCUGUUACUAGCAAGUGGGUUGCUGAUGCUUUUGGCAAAGAAGGGAUCUACGAAGCACAUAUCCAUUUGAAUGGCUAUCCAUUUCUGGAUGUAAAAGAUGAAUUUACCCAUAGAACACUGGCUACUGAUGUUAUGAGGCCCAGGCGUGGAGAACCUCCUCUUUCUGUCUUGACUCAAGACAGCAUGACUGUGGAAGAUGUGGAGACAUUAAUCAAGGAAACAGAUUACAAUGGUUUUCCAGUGGUGGUUUCUAAAGAGCGCCUUAUUGGCUUUGCACAGAGACGGGACUUGAUUCUUGCAAUAAAAAAUGCAAGGCAGUGCCAGGAUGGCGUAGUAAGCAACUCAAUUGUAUAUUUUACUGAAGAGCCUCCAGAGGUCCCUGCCAAUAGCCCUCAUAUGCUGAAGCUCCGGCGUAUUUUGAAUCUGAGCCCCUUCACUGUCACAGACCAUACACCAAUGGAAACAGUGGUAGACAUUUUCAGAAAACUUGGACUCAGGCAGUGUCUUGUCACACAUAGUGGGAGGCUCCUGGGCAUUAUCACCAAAAAGGACGUGUUAAGGCAUAUGGCUCAAAUGGCAAAUCAAGAUCCUGAAUCCAUCAUGUUUAACUAGGCUAUUCCCAACAGAUAGGUCCAAAUCUUAAAGGAAAAGAUUCCUAUUGAACUGAUUGAAAGGAAUUCAAAUAGCUCUUCAUUGUUUAUUAAAAUAAAAUUUAAAUUAAUACAACUUUGUUAAGAGCAGAACCCAGGGAAAAUUAUAACAAACUGAAUAUUUGAGUUGUUGGUAAAUGUAUUUGAAAAUUCAAUUCAGCUAUGGGCUGUUUUUCCUGGCAACGUGUCCUGGGAACAUGUCAUAAAUACAGUCCUUACCAUGGCACAUUUUUCUCCUUGUCCUGCCUACCGUAUCCCAUUAAUAUAAAUGCAUUUAUAUAGUUUUUUAUCUGUGUUAAUCAUCUUUACAAACAUUUGGGAGCAGAGAGAAGCCAUCAUCUUGAUAAAUAUAAAUAUAAUCAAGAAUGCAAAAUGUUUUCAUUACACAUGCCCUAUUUCAUAUUUCUUAAAUUUGGAUUCCCAAAUUAGGUUAUUUUCUAAAGCUGCAUACUUUUGUGAAGAAUGUUCUUGCUUUUACUGUUUUUGCAGAAGUUCAUAGAUAUUGUAGAAGUAAAGGGGUAUUUCAGUUUACUUUUAGUGCUAUUGUUUAGUCUUGAGUUAUUCUGUUCAUUUGUAAUAUGAUGAAAUAAUCUGCAAAUUCUGUCAUUUUUUAUGAUGAAAUUUUCUUCUUACUGUUUUCCCAUACAUGAGUAUGAUGCCAUAGGGUUAUAUAUUUUCCAGCAUAACUGACAUUAAAUUGCAAUUCUGGCCACACAUUUUUGUCAAAAAGUAUUUUGAACAAUAAGCUUCAGUAUUCCUAGACAAAAAAAAAUUAUUGUUGUUUUUUUCUAUAGAGGAGAAAAAGCAUAUUAACACAGUUUUUUUAAAAAACAUGUAUUCAUUCUUUCUGGAAAUAUUGUAUAUUUAUUUUAUGUCACAAAUAGAUUUUACAGUAUGAAAUAUUUUAUAAACCAUCUUAGAAUCAGUUUAACUAAUUUUUAUAGUUAAAAGUACAAACAAGUUUGAAGUUUGGACAUGAAUAUGAUAAAUAAAAUAUUUGCCAUAGAUAAUCUUCAUAUUACAUGUAUCAGGCAUUUGAUUUUUGGGAUGCUCAUUUAUUACUAGUUCCUAGAAGAAAUAUGUUGAGAUGGGCUCUAGGAAACAUCAAGAUGGUUUCCCAGCUUGUAACCCCACUAACAUUAGCACAUAUUCUAUAUUAUCUAGUUUGUUGAUGAAUUUAUUGAUUGAUGUAUAUAUGAAAUCUACUUCUUGUGUAAGCAUGUUCGAUAUUUUGCCAAAAUAUUACCCAAUCGAAGAAACCAUGACUCUCUAUGCCUGGAACAAAAAGAUUUGAUAUUAAGUUGCUUAUGACAACAUAGUAUUGGUUUUAAGAUUUAUCAAUAUAUCACUGUCUGGACACGUCACCCAAUUUUAGAGAUUUGGAAUAACAAUAAUUAGAAUUAAAAAUAAUUCUAAUAAUUGACAGGAUUUUUUUUCAGAAUUAAUAGAGGAGACUUACCUUUAUAGAAGAACACCAGAGAAUAUCUAUUGUAUUUCAUUAAAAAUGCCGUUUUCUACUUCUUCAAAUGACAGAAAAUAAUAGAACAAUAACAUUUGGAAAAUAAUAAAAUUUAUCCAACUUUUGAAAAGUUAUUAAUUAUCCCUGCCUUUUAAUACAAAGAAAUGGCUCUUCUGUGAGAAAGUCUGUGAAUUUUCAU